GCGAAAACUCUAUAAGUAGUUCUUCUUCUGAUGACAGUGAUGAAGGAACAGAUGAAGAAAUAAAAAGUGAAGAAAGUGACAUAGAAGAGAGGACAGAAAUGAAAGAAGAACAAGACACUCACACAAAAAGGGACAUGGAAGAAAGAGCAAUAAGCAUAGAAAUUCCUGAAGUCUUGAAAAAGAAGCUUGAGGAAGACUGUUACUAUAUUAAUAGAAGAAAACGGCUAGUGAAGCUUCCUUGUCAGACAAAUAUAAUAACCAUCCUGGAGUCAUAUGUGAAACAUUUUGCUAUUAAUGCUGCUUUUUCAGCCAACGAAAGAUCUCGGCACCAUCAGAUGACUCCACAUGCUAAUAUGAAUCUUCAUUAUGUGCCCCCAGAGAAGAAUGUUGAGCUAUGUAAAGAGAUGGUGGAUGGGCUGAGAAUAACCUUUGACUUCACACUUCCAUUAAUUUUACUCUAUCCUUACGAACAAGCUCAAUUUAAGAAGGUGACUUCAUCAAAAUUUUUCCUUCCCAUCAAAGAAAACUCAACAAAUACUAACAGAAAUCAGGAGGAGCUUUCCCCAAGUCCUCCUCUACUGAAUCCACCAACGCCUCAGUCAACUGACAGCCAGCCUACAACAGGGGAGCCUGCCACGCCAAAAAGACGAAAAGCUGAACCUGAAAUUCUGCAGUCGCUGAGACGUUCUACGCGCCAUAGCUCUAACUGUGACAGGUUAUCGGAAAGCAGCGCUUCCCCACAACCUAAACGACGGCAUCUUGAGACCCCAGCUUCUAUGCCAAAGCUCUUUUUGCACCUGGAAAAAAAAACCCCUGUCCACAGUGGAUCAUCUUCACCUAUAACUUUGACUCCUAGCAAAGAGGGGAGUGCGGUUUUUACUGGCUUUGAAGGUAGAAGAAACAAUGAAUUGAAUGAGGUUUUGUCCUGGAAAUUGAUGCCAGAGAAUUACCCACCAAGUGAUCAACCACCACCUCCCUCAUAUAUUUAUGGAUCUCAACAUUUGCUACGGAUGUUUGUAAAGCUACCAGAAAUACUGGGGAAGAUGUGCUUUCCUGACAAAAACCUAAAGGCUUUAGUAAAACACUUCGAAAUGUUUCUAAGGAAAAAAAGCAAAACAAAAUGGUACAGCACUUCAGAAAGCCACAGGUAUUUUGACUUUCAUGAAAUACAGAAGAAUGAGUUUUUAGCAGAAUACCAUGAUGAUUUCUUCCCAGAAUCUGCUUAUGUAGCUGCAUGUGAAGCCUACUACAGUACUAAAAAUCCUCGGGCAAUCUACUGAAGCUACUGGUAAAGAUUAAAUCCUACCAUACGUGGCCCAUGACAAUGCUGUUUUGCCACGUGGCUACAAGAUGAAGAUGAGAGAGGAAUUAAAACAGCUUCCGGAGUUGAAGAAAUAGGGAAAUAUCUUCUGUGAUGGUUGGAUUACUUAGGAAUGGAGAACUUCUUUUCAGAGAUGUGUAUAGUAGACCGCAUUCUGAGUUGCUUAGAGGAUUGACUAUAACUCUGACUCCAGAUGAAUGAAGAAGCCUUGUUCUGAUUUCUAAUGCAUAGGACUGCACAGGACUAGAGGAAAGAGGAAAGGAGGCAAAAGCAGAUGCAUUAGCAACAGGACAUUUUCAUGAAGAUAGAUCAUCAUGCUGUGCUUUGUUUUAGCUCAACCUCUCCAGCCUGAGAAAUAAGACUUGACCACACAGUUAUAUGAAGAGAAUGCAUAACUGGUAUCUUACGGAUUUUUUUCCCUCACAAAUUGCACUUCAUUUCAUGGAACUGUCAUGAUAGAAAAGAUUGCUUAAUGUAACGGUGGUGUUGCUGUUUGGUGAGCUGACAUCUGCCUCAAGAAUGACUUUGUUGCUCAAAUGAAAGAUGCGUUGCUUACUUUGCCUUUUGCAGAGGUGUAUAUAGCUCUUUUCAUGGUAAGGCUGCCAGAGUUCCAAGGAGAGCGUACGUUGCCAGUGGGUCAACAUUUAGCUGGCAGUAAAUGAUUUCCAGAGCCAUUAUGAAAGAACUGAUUUUCUGCAAGUAAGCAGAGAAGUCAAUAAAGUGAUGGCAGUUUAACUGGCAAACACUUUUUUCUUAAUAAAGUUCACAGUGGCUGCUGUGUAAAUGUGUGAUUUUGACUGUCUAAAAUGUCUUGUUUGUGCUUGAUUAGUAUUUUUGAGAUUGCUAAGUGUGCAUAUAACAAGAGGUGGGAGCACUGACAACACAGAGAAGCCCUUUCUGUAUCAUUGGGUUUUCUUCUGCAGGCUUGAAGGAUGUCUCUUUAGACAGCUUUAAACACUUUAGCUCUGGAAAUAGGAAUUCAGUGACAACUGAGUUCCUACAAAUCCGACAACCCAUUCAGUAGAAAUUAAUUGAAAUAUAAUUCGUGUCUUGAGUGUCAUCAAAACCUCGUCCGUGCCUGAGAAUUCUGGCCUUCAGAAUUCUCUGCUAUGUCAAGACAGACACAGAGUUUAAAAGCACUGGGAGGAAAUAGUAAGACUCCAGGCUCAGACUACUGCAUCAAUCACUCUGUAAUCCUUCCUAGCUCAGAAGAGUUUCUCACCUGUAAUGCAAGACUCAAUGCAUUCCUCCCAGAGUCAAAGAAACUAGGAGUUAGGAGGAAUUGUCUUUGAAAUGUAAAUGGCAAGCGUAGUCUAAGAGGCCAAAGGAAAUCGGAAAUUUACUGUUGACAUUCGUUGUCACUCGUUUUUUGGAGUGUACUGGUGUGUUAAAGCUUUUGAGCUGAAAAGAUCUGGAUUGCCUUGGUUUUAUCAAUUUACGUUCUGCUUUUUAAGAAGAACUUCUGUAAAAAGUCUAUUAAACUGACUGGUUGUUAAACAAAUGUUUGGCAUGGAUGCAUGCAGAUUUGGUGAUCAUUAUUUCUGAAGAUCAGCAUUUAGUAGUACUACUCUUUUUUUUUAAAUGCAUUUCUGUUGUACUAAAAAAAAUUCUGUAAGCUUCAGUCUUUUUCAAAGUACAGAAGUUCUGAAUCUCUAGCAGAAUCAGAGUACCUCAGGGUUCACUUUGCAAACAUGUUUCACUCCAGGCUUAGACCCUGUUUUUCUAAAAAAGGCAAUUCAACAAAAUACUAAUGACUGUCUAACAAGGGAUUAAUCUUGGAACACUGCCUGAAACUCCAUCCUUAAUCCUUUCUAUUGCAGGAAUGUUAGACUGUGUACAAUGUGGCAAAUCUGUUUUUCUUCCACUGUUAGUACCUGUCAGUAUAAGGCUAGUUAUGAACAGAGUUUAAACUUUGUUGUGUGACUGUCUAACUGUUUAAAAUGACAAUUUCUGUGUGCAGGGGUUAUUGAUACUGUUGGUAUUGCCCUGUCAAUAUGUUGCGAUGAUUCUCAAAAGACUGGGUGUGUGUGGGGGGAAUUUUGAAGGUCCAGCUAGUGUAGUCUUAAUGUGAACAAACUUUUUCGUAAAAUUCUCUUGCAGCUGCUAUCGGAUAUAAUAUUACAAAUUGUCUUGCUCUCAUAACAACCGAAAAACUUUUCUCAAAAGCAGCACCCUUUUGUGCUUCUUGACACUUGUAACUGACAUGACUUCCCUGCGCACUGUCUCUUUGAGUUUAAAAAGUUUAGGUUUAUAUAUUGAAUUAGAAAAAUGUCCAUUUUUGACAUCCUCCUUCCCUACUGUCACUCUUCUUUUACUGCUUCCCUAUUUUUAUAUCUAAUUUUUUUUUUUAAAGCUGAAGCAGUGCAAGAGACUCACAGAAACUUUGAACAGGCUUGUGUAAGAGGGUUGUUCUUACUAGUCUUAAAAUACAGAGA